UUCGACGAUGAGGAUGAUGAGCUCUCCCAGCUAAAGGAAUCCAAACGGGCGGUGAACAGCCUGAGGGAUAUCGUUGAUGAUGAUGAUGAUGACCUUGAGAGGGUCAGCUGGAGUGGAGAACCCGUGGGAAGUAUCUCCUGGUCAAUCAAAGAGACAGCCUCUGGCAGCACUAGCUCACUGGAGGGCCGAGAUUCCAGCCUACAGAAGAGCUCUUCCUCCUCCUCUUCUUUUCCCAAACAAGUUUCUUCCUACUCCCUAAGCAGCCUGUUCAAAGGACGAAACAAACUUCCAAGUUUCCAGUCCCUUUCGGAUGCCCUCACUGACACAGGAGUUAAAAACUAUGCCCCAGAGCUGCGCAGACCGAGAGCUGAGUACAAGGAUUACAGCAGUGACUGGAGCCCCAGAGAUACAGUCAGGCGAAUGCAGAGGGGCAAGGUCUGCUCUCUGGAGAGAUUUCGCUCCCUGCAGGACAAGCUGGUGCUCUUGGAUGAAGCUGUGGCAGGGCAUGAUGGGAAUGUCAUUACAGCUGUCCUGAUAUUCCUGAAACGGACACUACGGAGAGAGAUCUUGUUUCGAGAGCUGGAGGUGCGGCAGGUGGCCUUGUGUCAUCUGAUCCAUUUCCUCAAGGAGACGGGGGAGCAGAAGUUUCUUCUGGAUCUGCUCAGGUUCCUAGACAGAACUGAGGAAGUUGCUCUGUCCCAGUACCGUGAGCAUUUGAACAUCCAGGAUGUAGAAAAGAGGAGAGAAUUUCUGAAAGGCUGCAUUGGGCUGCCGUUUUCCGCUGAGGAUACAUCCCACAUCCAAGACCAUUAUACCCUGUUGGAGCGACAGAUCAUCAUUGAGGCUAAUGAUCGGCACUUGGAGUCAUCUGGGCAGUCAGAGAUAUUUCGGAAAUAUCCUCGUAAGGCUUCAAUUCUCAAUAUGCCACUAGUGACCACUCUCUUCUAUUCUUGUUUCUACCACUACACAGAGGCUGAGGGAACAUUCAGCAGCCCCACCAACCUGAAGAAAACAUUUAAGAUUCCUGAUAAGCAGUAUGUGCUGACUGCCCUGGCUGCCCGUGCCAAGCUGCGAGCCUGGGAUGAUGUGGAUGCCCUCUUCACUACCAAGAACUGGCUGGGCUACACCAAGAAGAAGGCACCUAUUGGCUUCCACCGGGUGGUGGAGAUCUUGCAGAGGAACAAUGCUCCUGUGCAGGUGCUGCAAGAGUAUGUGCGCCUGGUGGAGGAUGUGGAGACACGUUUGAACCUCGCUACCAAAUACAAGUGUCAUGAUGUUGUCAUUGAGACCUACAGGGAUCUAAAGGAUCGUAUCCAGCUGACAGCAUAUAAAUGCAAGGUGGAGCGGGGCUCUGCAGAAGAAGAGAAGAUAAACAGCAUUCUCAACAACAUGCAAAUCCGGUGGAAGAACUGAGCACAUGUGAAGCAGCCUGCUUGGACCUUGUCAGUGAAAGAGGAAACUGCAAAACCCAGUCCAGUGCCAACAGAGCAACUGUUACUCCUCAUUGCAUGGUCAGCGUUCGUCAGUGACAGUGGGUGCCCAUGGCUUGUGGGACAGUGGCAUUCAGGCUGGUUGAAGGCAGCUACUCCAAUGUAGCCAACGAAAUCAUGGUAC